AUGAACGCGGGACAAUACGACCGCUCCAACAUCGUGCCCGCCCACGAUAACAGGGCAGAACAGGGCAAGAUGAAGCUGGUUGAGAACGUCUUUGUCGACGACGACUGGAACGUGACGCGCAUCAUCGACCUCGAGUUUGCGUGCGCCUGGCCGGUUGGGUUCUGGCAGACGUCGUACUGGCUCGGCGCAGAUUUCAUUGACGAGAUUGACUAUGAUAAACUUGCGGCUCGCCAUGUGCAGUUCCAAUAUGCAAACAGCCUGGGAGAGAGGCACGUUUUGGAUCAGCCUGGCGCUACGAGAUCCAGUGGCCCUCACGGCGGUCUGUUUUAA